AAGUGCCGGCUUUUAACCACGCGGCCUUGCUCAUGGCGGCCGCUGUGGCGCUGCGGUGGGGGGGACGCGCCGGUCGCUUCCCUGCGGCUCUGGGGGCUGCGAAGGUUCCCGAGGCUUCCCGCCGCUCGGGAAAUGGGCCAUUGGGCGGCCCCGAGCGCUGCCCGGCGGCGCCCCCGCCCCUGGGAGCGGGCCCGGCCUUUCGCUCGGGUGUCGCAGUUCGAGGCUUCGCUGCCGGCGCGGCCUCCUCGGGAAGCGGUGUCAGUCAGGGCAGCUUCUCCCAGCCGUGCUCGGCGUGUCACCUCGGGUCUCAGUCCCGGGAUUAGAUCCCACUUGUCUGAAUUUUCUGAAGCUCUGCAAAGUCAAGUACUACAACUAUUGUCUUAUUCAUAAUGUCCAGAGGGAUUUUAUUAUCCAAACCGGUGACCCCAUGGGAACUGGCCGUGGAGGGGAAUCAAUAUUUUGUCAACUGUACGGUGAUCAAGCUAGAUUUUUUGAGGCAGAAAAAGUACCAAGAAUUAAGCACAAGAAAAAGGGAACCGUGUCAAUGGUGAACAAUGGCAACGAUCAGCAUGGAUCACAGUGCUGUUAUAAAAGAAUUUUUGAAAAGUGGUGGUGUUCCUUGCUGUUCCCUGUUGCCAUGCACAAAGUUUUUGCUUUUCUUAUUACUACAGGGGAAAACCUGGAUUACCUUGAUGGUGUGCAUACAGUAUUUGGAGAAGUGACAGAAGGCAUGGAUGUAUUGAAGACAAUUAAUGAAACCUUUGUAGAUAAGGAUUUUAUCCCGUAUCAAGAUAUCAGGAUAAAUCAUACAGUAAUUUUAGAUGAUCCAUUUGAAGAUCCACCUGGCUUAUCUGUUCCUGAUUGCUCACCGGAACCUACCAAGGAACAGCUAGAUAGUGGCAGAAUAGGAGCAGAUGAAGAAAUUGAUGAUAUGAAAGGACGGACUGCAGAUGAAAUAGAAGAAGUUCAGGCAGAAAAAGAAGCAAAAACUCGUGCCAUUCUCCUGGAAAUGGUAGGAGAUUUACCAGAUGCAGAUAUCAAGCCACCAGAAAAUGUACUGUUUGUUUGUAAACUGAAUCCUGUGACCACAGAUGAAGACCUGGAGAUAAUAUUUUCACGAUUUGGUCCCAUUAAAAGCUGUGAAGUGAUUAGAGACUGGAAGACUGGUGAAUCUCUUUGUUAUGCUUUCAUUGAGUUUGAAAAGGAGGAAGACUGUGAGAAAGCCUACUUCAAAAUGGACAAUGUGCUGAUAGAUGACAGACGGAUACAUGUAGAUUUUAGCCAGUCUGUUGCAAAGAUUAAGUGGAGAGGAAAAGGUGGGCGGUAUACCAAGGAUGAUUUCAAAGACUAUGAAAAGGAACGUGACAAAUCUUCAAAACUUGCUCUGAAAGAGAAGGUAAAACCAAAGCAGGAUACUAAGUAUGACCUUGUGCUGGAUGAGGAUAUAGAAGAGUCUCAAACGAGUCAGUCACACUUGGCUAAAAAACAGAAGAAGAAAAAGCACUACCACUCUGAAGAUGAAGAGGAUGACAAGAGGACCAAAAAAUCUAAGGAUUCUGAUCGAAAACAUGAAGGAGAACGCUGUAGAGAGAGGAUGAAGAGUGAGAAGAAAGACAGGCAUCGGAGUCGCAGCCGAUCUCAAGAGAGAGACUACACGUACAGCAAACAAAGAGACAAAUACAAAGAAGACUUCCGAGUAAGAGACUGGGAUAAAAAAGCACGCAGAAGCAGAAGUCCUAAGAAAUCAAAAGACAAAGAGAGGUCCAAAUACAGAUGAAGGACAAAAAAAAGAGGGGAACUCAAAUAUGUUAAAAUCUGUUUCUUCCAGCGUUUCCAACAUUCUGUCACAUGGAUAUGCAGUUACUGGAUAAAAAUAGUUGCCUUCUGUUGUCAGCUUGGCCUUAUAAUUCUACAGAUGCCCAGUGUCUGACUGUUGGAGUAAGCCUUGAUUCCAGAAAGGUUGUUUCAAUAAAGUAUUACACUUUAGUGAAAUGAUUUGAGUCUUCGAUGAGGAAUAUUGUCUAAAGUUUUUUGGAAACAUAAACAUGCACUAACAAGUGAAUUGCCUUUCUCCCCUGUGAAGAGGUUUGCAGAACGUACCUCCUUUCUACUAGGAGGUUGUGUUUACCUUUCAGCACUUUCAGAUGCUAUGGUACUGAGAAGGCCUGGGGAGAUAGAAAUGUGCUGUGCACACUCCUUCCAGAAAGUGAGUAGAUACCAUUUGAAUAUGAAUACUCAAAACUCUUUUUUCCUUCCUUUAAAAUUAAGUCAUUCUGGUUGGUUUAGUCCUGUCAGCUCUGUUUGUUGGCACCAGUGUGCAGCAGUGGUUAAAGGCACUGAAUUGCUGCUGUGCUGCCUGCAAGGGCGAUGGGAGUGCUGCACUGUAAUCAGUAGCACCUAUUUGCUCACUUAUUCACACAGAUCACUUGACCUUGUGGCAUUGCUGGAGGAUGACCCUCAAAACUGAGAUUCAGUUGGUACUUGGCCCAUCUGGCUUCUGUAGUGUCAGGGGGAUUGAGCUGCUAUUCGUGUCAGGCAGGUUUUGUUGGGUGGGUAAGAAAGAAGACAACGGUCACUAGUAGAAUUAGCAGAAUAACAGAAUUUGUAACUUGCGUUGUACUUGCCAAAACUGACGUGGGAUUAAUUUUCAGGUUUUGUGGCAGAAGGAGGUAAUAACUCAUAAUCUAUAGAGGAAUGCAAGUGGUGUUAUCAGGGCCUGGGUCCUAGUGAAAGCUGACGGGCUCUUAAAUGUCUGGCUUGCUCUGAUAAACAAGACCUCACCAUUUAAACAGUGUUAGCCAGUAUGAUACAUUCUAAGAACAAGUGUGUCGUCUUCUUUCUCUCUAAAGAAAGAGAGAUCUCACAUUGUUAGGAAGGGAGGGGAGACAUGAGUAAUAACAUUUGUCUUUUCUUCCCUUUCAUGAAAUGUGACAUCUUGGAGGCAUUCUGCUUUGAUUAAUAAAUUUAAUUUUUUUUCUUU